AGAAGAGGGCACCAGAAUCCCUAGAACUAGAGUGUCAGUUUCAAGUGGCUAUAUGGGUGCUGGGAACAGAGCCAGGGUCCUCCACAAGAGCAGUAAACUCUCUAGGAAGCCAUCUCCCCGGCCCCUCCUGACUGAUUCUGAUGAAGUAAUACUAUAAGCAAAAUCAGUUGUUUUGUUUGAAAGACUAGGAAAUGAAGUUGCCCUGCCACUCUUCCUGAAAGAGACGUUGCUAGGCAUUUCAAUCGUCUGGCAAAGUAGCCUGUUUGGAAAAAAAAAAAAAAAAACCCCAAAAAACAAUAACUGUCAUUUGAAAGCUUCCUGUUCUACUUUAAGCCUGUGUGUGGCUGACACUCCACUUUCUGUGAGACUCUCAAACAGGCUAGAAGAUUUCUCAUCCCGCUAAUUAGCCUGGCUCCAUGUUAGACAAAACUGUCAUCCUUUGGGGUAGGUCUAAGUGACAGAGAGGAGAAAGCUCGAAAGCAGGGGCCAGGACUGCCAGGAUAUCCAAAUCUUGGACCAUCUAAGGUAGGAAGAGGCGGGCACAGUCCCUGCUAGUCUUGCCCUCGGUCAAGCCUUCCUCCAUAGACCACGCCCCGGAGAGCUCCGCCCCCGGACCCGCCCCGCGGCGCAUUGUGGGAUCUGUCCGCCCCACCGGAGAGGGACACCGCGCUAGGUCAUGGGGAUCCAGCCGAGCCCGGUCUUGCUAGCCUCUCUGGGGGUGGGGCUGCUUACUCUGAUCGGCCUGGCUCUGGGUACCUACUUGGUUCGAAGAUCCCGCCGGCCGCAGGUUACUCUCCAGGACCCGGAUGAGAAGUACCUGCUGCGAUUGCUAGACAAGACGACAGUGAGCCACAACACCAGGAGGUUCCGCUUUGCCCUGCCCACCGCCCACCACAUUCUGGGGCUGCCUGUGGGUCAGCAUGUCUAUCUCUCUGCCCGAAUUGAUGGCAGUCUGGUCAUCAGGCCUUACACCCCUGUCACCAGUGAUGAAGACCAAGGCUAUGUAGAUCUUGUCAUCAAGGUUUAUCUGAAAGGUGUGCACCCCAAAUUUCCUGAAGGAGGGAAGAUGUCUCAGUACCUGGAUAGCCUGAAGAUUGGGGAUGUGGUGGAGUUCCGGGGGCCGAGUGGGUUGCUCAGUUACGCCGGGAAAGGGAAUUUUAACAUUCAGCCCAACAAAAAAUCUCCGCCUGAACUUCGAGUGGCGAAGAAAUUGGGAAUGAUUGCUGGUGGGACAGGAAUCACCCCAAUGCUGCAGUUGAUCCGGGCCAUCUUGAAAGUUCCUGAAGAUCCAACCCAGUGCUUUCUGCUUUUUGCCAACCAGACUGAAAAGGACAUAAUCCUGCGGGAGGACCUAGAGGAACUACAGGCCCGAUAUCCUAAUCGCUUUAAGCUCUGGUUCACUCUGGACUAUCCUCCAGAAGACUGGCCCUACAGCAAGGGUUUUGUUACUGCUGACAUGAUCCAGGAGCACCUGCCUGCCCCAGCAGAGGAUGUGCUGCUGCUGCUCUGUGGGCCACCACCGAUGGUCCAGCUGGCCUGCCACCCUAACUUGGAUAAGCUGGGCUAUUCACAAAAGAUGCGAUUCACCUACUGAGCAUUGCAAAGCCUCCCUGAUCCCACGUGUGCCGUUAUCCCUGGUUGAUUGUUGAACAGCAAGAGGCCCCAGGGCCUUUGCUGGCUGAGAGCAUCAGCCUUUUGUGUCUCAUCCCAGAAUCUGGGUGCUUGCAGAGACAACACUCCCUCAGCUAUGGUAGAUACUGGUCAAGGCUAAGUCACUCCCUUGAAGCUUCCUAUCCUAAUCUCCUUGUGAUAAAAGGUCCCGAUGAGGCUCAAGGAGCAGUCUCUAGGGCCAGAAAGGAGGGAACAUGCACAUUUGUUAUAAGGCUGCCUAGUUGCUCAGAGCAUUGUGGCCACCUCUGUGUCUGUGAUGAAAGGAAUGGACUGGGCAAUGCAUUUAGCUCCGUAUUCAGCACUUUAUCCACUACUUAUAUGAGUACAGGUUGAGUGGGUUUCUAGAUACAGUCCUACAUAAUCUGUAGAAAGGGGGUUCUUUCCCGGAAUUCUAAACCUCAGAGAAAGGAGGCCGACAUAUAUAUAUAUGUGUGUGUGUGUAUAUCUAUAUUUGUGUGUGUGUGUGUGUGUGUGUGUGUGUGUAUCUCAGGCCCUGCCCAUGCUGGAUUGAAAUGGUUACCCAUAACUUAAGACUGAUGCUUAUACAAAGAGUGUCUGGCUGUUCAAAUAAAUGGAGCUGAGGCCCUGAUGAUCUCAAGGA